UUAGAAGAAUUAUGACGCUUCAUGGUGAAAGCCGAGUUCCUUCGGAAGCCACGAGGCCAAUUCCCCUUCUAACAACCAGAGCAAAAAUUUUUAUAGGUACAUGGAACAUCCGAACAAUGUGGGAGACCGGGAAGACCAGUCAAAUAGCAACGAAAAUGAGGAGAUACAACUUGGCAGUACUGGGAAUCAGCAAAACCCAUUGAACCCAAGCUUGACAACAAAGGCCAAAUACGGGAGAGAUGCUAUUAUACUCUGGUUACAAAGAGGAAAAUGCUCCGCACACUCAGGGAGUUGCUCUGAUGCUGUCCAAAGUAGCACGAAAUGCACUUGUAGGAUGGGAAUCUCACGGAUCCAGAAUCAUCAAAGCAUCAUUCAAAACAAAGAAGGAGGGGAUCACAAUGAAUAUUAUCCAAUAUUAUGCACCCACCAAUGAUAGCAACGAUGACAUUAAAGAUCAGUUCUACGAGCGGCUGCAGUCAAUCAUAGAGAAGUGCCCAACAAACGACCUCAC